AGCUAUUAAAAAAUAACAUACAAACUUCUAGCAAACAUAAUUAAAACUAAUAGAAGAAAAUGUAGGAUUAAGAUUAAGUUUUGCUGGAUAAGUUCACACUAAAAAUUAAAAAUUAAAAAAUGGAAAACGAAUACUAAUAAUUAGAGAAUAAACACUAAAGAAAGACUUUAUUCCCAAUUAUUGUUUUAUAUUAACUUGGAUUUCUUAUAAACUACAUUUCUAAAAUACUAAAUGGGAUAAAUCUUCUAGGUCUUGUUAUAGAUGGCUCCACCAACUUAUCUUUAUUUAUUUUGAUUAUAUGUAUGAAAUGCAAGCGUUUUAAAAAAUAUUCUCAUAUUUCUUUCUAUAUAAUGUGCGUAGUCAUGUAUGUUGCUACAGUGGUUAAUUAUAUUCAUUUUUAUACAAAGCAGCCUGAUAAUGAAAAUAAUAAAGAAGAUCCUGCCUUUGAUUGUUUUUAUCUUGGAGCCACUCUAUUUGGAAUAAUUAUUGGACCAAGCCUGAGCUAUAGGAUGACUUUAAUGCUUAUGUUUACAAGCCUUUAUUCAUUAUUUAUAAUUUAUGUUUCCUUUAAUUAAAGGCCAUUAACUAUUUUUAUAGUAUUAAGCCAUUUAACACUUUAUGUUUACAAAAUCUACUUUGAAGAAAAGCAAAAGAGAUAAUAUUUUAUUUCUACUAAAAAAGUGAGUUUUUGGGAAAGUAUUAUUCAAAAUAUUUUACUCAUAAAUUUAAUUGUUGUAAAGUAUGACAAAGAAUCUCAAAGACUCAUGCUAGAAAACUCUAACAAUACAGCAAAGUCCAAUUUAAAAGUAAAAUCAGAUGAAGAUCUUUAGUUUUUUUUAGAGCAAACUCAAAUAAAAAUUAGAGGCGAAAAAUCAGUUGAAGAUUCCUAUUCAACUAUCUUUGAUUAAGCUGCUGCUUCUGCAAGUAAGUUAAAUAAAAAUUACUCAGAUAAAAGAUAAAAAGGAUUGGCCACCUCAAAAUCUACUAUUUCUGAGACUUUAAAAAGAAGAAACAUAAGAGGUAAUUCAAAUAGUUCUCACAUAACACUUAAAGAAUUAGUAAAGGAGAAACUCCAUCAAAAAUAAAUUCUUUCAAAAAAUAAAGGUAGUGCUUUUGGGAUCAGUGAUUAAAAUAUUCAAAACUUAUCAGGGUAAUAUUAAAAUAAUAAAACUGGAGAUGUAAUAUCAUUUAACCUAAAAAUUAUUUGCUUUGGCAUGAUAGAAGAUUACGCCUUAAUUUGUGUAGAAGAUGAAACAUACAAAGAAAAAUACUCAAAUUAAUAUUUAAAAAAUAAUCUACUUCUAAGUAUAUUGGGAGAUGUAAUGGAAUUUCAAAAAGAAGAAAUAAAUAGUAUUCAUCACUAGCUAGACGAAGGAAUACACUAAUUACAAAGCUAUUACAAAAAUCUAUAAAGUAUUUACUACUAAAAAUGUAAUUUAUAGAAAGGGUAAUACCCAAAAAAGUUAAGCGAGUAAAAUAAUCUUUCAUUAUCAAAAAUGGAAACAAUUAAUUCUUAAUUCAAUUUAAUAUCAAAAACAUAAUUUAGUACUCAAGAAGUAUAUGAUACAAUUAAAUCAACACCUUUAAGCAGUCCCAAUAUUUAGGGUAUUAAAAAUAUAUAAAACUAAAAUGAGCCGAUUGUUUAAUUUUUAAAAGAUCAAAUAAGCUAUUAAAAAAAGAAAAGUUAAGAUUAUAACCAAACUUUAGUAUUUACUGGAUUGGAUUUAAAUGAAGAUAAAUAAAUGUAUAGCAAAAACGAUUUAAUAUCAUUUACUGAAUAAAAUUAAUAAAAAACAAUUUUAAUCAAAAAUGAUUAAAUUAAUUAAACUUAAUUUGAUUUGAAUUAAGGUUUAAACAAUCAUAUUGAAUAUGAAAAAGAAAAAGAGUGCUAAUAAAGACUUUCAUAAAUAGAUUUAGAUAAGUAAAAGUAAGCUAUUUGCUUGGAAUUUGACCAUUUUGAUAAUAAAAAGCAAUACAGUCAAAAUUUAUUAGAGUCACCAAUCAAAGAUAUUUCUAGCUCUAAUUUAAUCAUACAUACAAGUGAGGAAUAUUUAAAACAUCAGCAAAAAAUACUUAAAGAAAGAAUAAACUAUACUUCAAAAUUUAGAUAAAGUUUAUUAAAACUGUAUUCGCAGGUCUCCAAAAUGUAAAUUAAAAUUUUAAACCUUGAGAACUACUUGAAAGGAGAAAAAAAAAUAAGUUGUGCUAAAAACUAAAUAUCUUUAGACUAAAUGAUAUUCUGUAUACUUGGCCAUUACAGAUUUGAUAUUGAAACUAAAAAAAUUAAAGUUACAUUCAAAAACCAAAGUAAUAAAAACUAUAUUUACCAAGAUUCUGAGCUUCUCUCAAAUAUUUUUUAGAAUUUAAUCUAAAAUGCAAUUGAUUACAAUAUUAAAAUGAAUGGAAAUAUACAAAUUAAAGUCGAAGACAUUCUAAUAUAAAAUAGCAAGCAUGAUAGAGGAUAAAUUAAAGUAUCUAUAAUCAAUACAAUUGAUUAAUUUGACAAUUAAUCAUUAGAUUACUAAAACACAAAAUUCCAAGGCUAAUAGAAUUCGAUCUACUUUGGGAUGGAAAGAGACUCGAUUUAGCUUAGUUAAAUAAGAUACGACAGGUAUCUUUUUGGAUUGAGAAUUUCUCAAAAAAAUGUUAGGCAUAUUGGACCCUUAAAUAAAAUAGAUAUUUAAUUUAGCUAAGGCUGCUGCACAACUAGUUUCAUCAUUUAUUCAGAUAUAGAGAUCUUAAAUUUUAAAUGAAAAAACUUAAAAGAAUGGUUUGAUAACAUUUACAUGAAUUUUAUAAAAAAUUUUAAUUAUUAAUGUAAGAUAUUAUUCCAGUAACAAAUAAAUAAGUCUUUAUAUUCUAUACGUUUCCACUCUCUAUUGAAUUAAAAAUAUAUUAAUUCAAUAAAAUAUAAAUAUAAAAACCAUAUUACUAGUUAAG